AUGUUGAGUCAACAACAGCUGCCUGCAUCUCCAUCGCCGUCUGCAACUGCUAAGGCAUUGCUAGAGCCAGUGGUCGAGGGGAUUCGAUUGGGCGGCCUCGUGGAAGUCUUUGGCCUUUCAGCGGCUGAGCUUCAGGCUUUCAACGAGGACAUUAACGGUUCCAUCGGACAGGCAGUGAGCUAUGAUAGUGCAACUGACAAGUUCCAUGUGUACCUCAGCUGCGGUGCUGCCGGACACUUCCAUUCCAAAAACGUCAAGGCUGCAGAGGCGCCACGGCGGCCAGGUGAAGGCGGUUCACCUGAGAGCUUUGACGUGCUGGUCGGACCUCGAACAGAUGGGAAAAUCAUGGGCGGCGAAAUAUCGACCUGUCUGAUGGAGAAGGGCUUCUGCGUUUUGCGGAUAUGUCAAAGUGCCAGACUAGCACAGCAGGCUUUGCUGAGAAUGAAGGAUCUUGGAAGCAUGAAUAGACUGUCGCGUUUCCCCGAGGAGGUGGAGCAGGGCUACCUAGGCUUUAGCUGUCGAGGACGGGUUGCCUGGCUGGACUCGGCCACAGACCUGGACCAGGAUCCAGCCUUGAAAAGCAACGAUGCCAACCUCUCUUACCUGGCACAGUCCAUUCAACCGUAUGCCGGCGACGUGUUGGAUGGCCAGCUUGACUCACGGACACCUGGUCUCGUUUGCCUCACCAUCGAUGGCGCUACUGAUUCCGAGUAUCCAUGUCCGGAGGCCAACGACGAGUCCUUGGGAAGUUUUCUGCAAACUUGGAGGCGCAGCUUGGUCAGAGCUGUGCAUUUCAUGGGGCCAUUUCCGUCCGAAGUGGAGCUGGAUGCACGUGAAACGCCCAAAGCUGGCAAGGUUCCCGGUUUGAUUGAGAACAUGAAGAUCACAGCUGCGCCAAACACUGUUCUGUUGUUCAGACCCGAUGUCUACGACUACACCUGUGCAGCACCAAAAGACACAUUGAUGCUGAUCACAAACUUCCUGGCUGCCGUGCCCGAUAUGGUCUUCGGUGAUAUCCAGGGGGACACAGACUGGCUUAUGAAAGAGGAGGGUCCCCCUCCGCCGGUUGGCAGUGAGCAUAUCCAUGUCAUGAACACGGUUGCCCGCCUGCCUGGCAACGCUGACAGCCAGUGGCACAACUGGGCCGCGUUGAAGUCUGGCACAGACACCAUCAUUCAGAUCCCGAUCACACGUUGGGAUGUCAGCGUGUAUUGGACUCCAGAUGAGAAUGUCUUUGAGGCCUGGCAGACUACGACCCGCCACCAGUCCUACUGCGAGGGUGCCGAGUUUUUCGACAAUCGAUACUUCGAGAUCUCCAACAAUGAGGCCAACUCUAUGGACCCUGUUCAGCGGCUGGUUCUGGAAUGCGGUGCUCAGAGCAUGGCCAUGAUCGGCUUGACGAAGAAGGAGUGUAAUCGAAAAGCCACGCACGCCGGUUUCUGCGUGGGCAACGACAAGCUCGACUGGAUGACUUGCGAUAAGGAGGUCGUCCCUUCGGGGACCAGCACUGUCUUGGCGAUCAUUGCAAAUCGCUUCAGCUUCGUUUUCAACCUCAAAGGUCCGAACUUCGUCUGCGACACUGCAUGCUCAGCUUCCCUGACAUCGACGCAUUGUGCCAGAUUCAUGAUCAGCAAUCAGAAGUUCGAUCCACUGGAAUUCUUCAUCUCGAUGGGUGCCCACUUGUGCCUCUCUCCUGGCCCAUUCAUCGGCUGCUCACAGUCCCACAUGUCUAGUCCGAAGGGACGCUGCUUCACCUUCAACUCAUCUGCAGAUGGAUAUCUGCGAGGAGAGGGAGUCAGUGGCUUCAUGAUGAAAUGGGGUGGCUACACGCCUGAGCAGAGCAUGGGCAUCCUCCGAUCCACAGGAUGUGGACAGGACGGCCGCAGUGCAUCGCUGACAGCUCCAAAUGGACCGGCACAAGAAGAGCUGGUUGCAAGGGCCAUAAAGGAAGCCUUGAUGACUCCACCCGAAUCCACGGCUUGGGAGUGCCAUGGUACGGGCACCUCGCUCGGUGAUCCAAUCGAGGUCGGAGCAGUGCGCAAGGUCCAGAUCAGAGCACCGCGCUCGGAGCCGCUCAUGAUGGGCUCGGCAAAGACAAAUAUUGGACACUUAGAAGGCGGCGCCGCGAUGGGCGGCAUAGUGAAAUGCAUUCUUCAGUGCAGAAGUGCGAAGUGCUGUCCAACCCAGCAUCUUCGGACGCUCAAUCCGCACUUGGAGCAUGCCAAGUUCGAGGCGCACUUUGAGACGGAACCGGCAGCCUUCGCCACGAAUCAGGGCAACUCCCAAGUUUCCUCCUUCGGAUUUGGUGGCACCAAUGCGCAUGGUGUCUUCUGGGGUAUGAAUGUCAGCAUCAAGGAGGAUGUGGAGAAAGUUUGGAUGAAAAAGCUGCUGUCAAGACCACCCCCUGAAGUCCGACCGAUGGGCCUUGACUUCGACAAAUGGGAAGCCGAUUUCCCAGACACGCGAAUGGUUCGAAAAGGGGCCAAGUUCAGCCUCAGCAUGGGCCCAGACGAAGGCAACGAACCCUUGAGGUGGGACGUGGUCGACGAAAGCCGAGAAAUCGAAGUAGACGACAUGGAGGCUACUUUUGCAAUCACGGGAAAUUUCAACAACUGGGAUGACGAAGAGGCCAUCCCCAUGGAAGAUGGCGAAGUACCUGGGGUCCAUCGCAUCACCUUGCAGGUACCAGCCGGUGGGGAACUGCACUUUCACCUUCUCAAGGGUGGAAACGCCAAGCAGAUUGUUGGUCCUGACGUUGACGAGUGCACUCGGAAGGGUGCCAAGAUCAUCGGGCCGCAAGAGAAUCUAAAGAACAAGUGGGUCAUCAAUGCGCCGGAAGGCAAAGAGGUGCGAAUCGAAUUUUUCAGCCGAAACGGUCGACGAUCCAUACUUUGGAUCCUUUCAAAGGGUGACGCGCUACCCCUGGAGUCUGGUGGUGAUGAUGAGUGA